CCGAUAAUAAGUAGUUCUGAGAGGCCAGAAUCCCGGCAAGCCUGCGACUUGAUCAGAGCCACCGAAAUGGCCGGAAAGGGCACCCCUCCUCCCUCCUCCCACCACGAAACGGCCAUCACCCUGCCGGAAACACCCUCUUUCAGGCCUCCCUCUUACUCGUCGACCUUUCUUAAGACGCUGAAGGAGAACCUUGCCUUCCGCGCCCGGUGGGCGGAGAUCAACGGCGCGAUGGGCGACCUUGGCACCUUCAUCCCCAUCGUCAUCUCCCUCACCCUCGUCAACGGUCUCGACCUCGGCACCACCCUCAUCUUCACCGGCGUGUACAACGUCGUCACCGGCGCGCUCUUCGGCGUCCCCAUGCCGGUCCAACCGAUGAAGUCCAUCGCCGCGGCGGCGAUCGCCGAAGGCAAGUCCUUCGGCGUCCCGGAGAUCAUGGCCGCCGGGAUCCUGACGUCCGCCGUCGUGUUCCUCCUCGGCGCCACCGGCCUCAUGCGCCUGGUCUACCGCUACGUCCCCCUCCCCGUCGUCCGCGGCAUCCAGCUCGCCCAGGGGCUCUCCUUCGCUCAAUCCGCCGUCACGUACGUCAGGUACUCCCAGGACUUCUCCAAGGGGAAGUCUGGAUCCCACCCCCGGCCAUGGUUGGGUCUAGACGGCUUGAUUUUAGCUCUCGUGGCCUUCGGCUUCCUCGUGGUCAUUAGUUCCAUCAUCGACGCCCGGAAUGCGGCGCCGGAGGAGGACGAAGAAGAAGCCAGAUCGAGGCCGGCGUCAAUCAGAGAUAGGGUCAUGAAAUUUUUGGGGUACUUACCGUCGGCCGUCAUCGUCUUCGUGCUGGGCGUGGUCCUCGCCAUCGUCAGGAAGCCGAGCAUCCUGAGCGACCUGAAAGCGGGUCCGUCUCAUGCUCACGUGGUCAAAAUCUCCUCGGAGAGUUGGAAACAAGGGUUCAUCAAGGGCACGGUCCCUCAGCUGCCGUUGACCGUCCUGAACUCCGUCCUCGCCGUGUGCAAGCUCGGCGCCGACCUCUUCCCGGCUCGGGAGUUCACGGCCACCCGCAUCUCCGUCAGCGUCGGCCUCAUGAACCUCGUCGGCUGCUGGUUCGGGGCCAUGCCCUGCUGCCACGGUGCCGGCGGCAUGGCCGGCCAGUACAAGUUUGGGGGCAGGUCGGGCGCCUGCGUCGCGCUCCUGGGCUUGGUCAAGUUGGUGCUGGGCUUUGUCAUCGGCAGUUCGCUUGUGGGCAUACUGAGGGAGUUUCCGACGGGUCUGUUGGGCGUGCUGCUGUUCUUCGCCGGAACCGAGCUGGCCAUGGCGGCCAGAGACAUGGGCACUAAGCCGGAGUGGUUCGUGAUGCUCGUGGUGACCGCCGUCUCCAUGGUUGGGUCCUAUGGCGCCGCUCUUGGGUUCGUGUGCGGGAUGGUGGCCCAUGUGCUGCUUAAAGUCAAAGAUCUUCACCCACGCCGCCUAACCUAGCCAAGUCGGCCAUGUUGUCCUUUUCCAACCUACGUUUAACUCUUCCUGGUGCUGGUGGGCUCGAUUGGGCCCGCCUACUGUCAAUUAAAGUUAAAAGUUGGUUAAUAGCGUCUCGUUGACCAACUCGGUCUGUUGUGUUAAUAAUAAUAAAAAUGAAACCGUUGUGGCUUCUAUACUCUCUAUUGAUAAUUUCAAUAAGCACAAUACCAUAUA